AUGACGAUGACGAAGCUCCCUUGGAUUGCCCGGCCGCGGUCUGUACAGGGUUGCAGUGGAAAUGAAGCGAAAGGGGGGAGCAGGCGAGACGUGUGUUGGGCGCCCGGCGAGUUAUCAACUGUCGUGCUCGUUGAGCUCCGUCUUACUGGGUACACAGAGGUCCACGCUUUUUGUCUCACUGCUGGGGGUAGACCGUCCGCUCCGGGCCUCCUCCCAGUGGCGAGGGCAGCCAAGGUGAGCUUGGUGGGCCAGGUCAGGCCAGUCAGGCAAGGCCGCACCGGUGCGGACAGGCGAACCAACGGGGUCCAGGAUCUCUGUAUCUUGCCUCGGGGCCGCCAGUGGGUGGACGUCGAGGCUUAUCGGUCCACUCGGCCGUUCAGAGGGUGCCGUGCCAGCGCGCAGUCGCGACCAUUUCGUCCGGCGCCAGAGGCGGUCAACCUGAACCCGUCCCCCGUUGACACCAGCCGUCGAGUGAGAGAGGCGCCGCGUGUUGGGGGUCCCGCAACGAAUCGGCAGUCUAGACGUAAUGCGUUUAUGUAG